AUGCAACUCUUCAACACGUUUUUUUCCCUUGCGGCAUUCGCGGCCUGCCUGACCCCGGUCCUCUCCGCUCCUGUUGCAGAGCCGAAUCUAGACACGACCUCGCUGGUCGUCAAGCGUGGUGCGCUUAGUGAUACUGCCCAGAACUGCUACAACGAUGUUAAGAAGACGUGUGAUGGGAUUAUCAUCAAGAUUGACACUGCCGUCGAUGCAAAGAUCGACGUCGAUCUUGCUACCAAGAUCGUCGCAGACCUCGAGGUCAUCGUCACUCUGAUUGUGCAGCUGGGUGUCGACCUCGAGGCCAAGAUCAACGCUAGCGGUCUCACGGUCGCGGACGUCAAGGCCUGCGUCGACAUCGUCAUCAGACUCGUCGGACUCUGCGCCUCUAUCUUGCUCAAGAUCAAGGCCCACCUUUCCGCCAGCGUCAGCGUCAGCGUUUUUGCAGCUGUGGUUUUGAAGUUGUACGCUUGCAUCAAGAUCGUCAUCGACUUGUGCAUCAACGUCUGCCUUGGCAAGAUUGGCGGUCUCUCGGUGAUUGACCUCACCCUCGUGGCUGACCUGGUAGUGAAGCUCACUGCCUGCCUUACGGUCUUCGUCAAUGCUUGCCUUGCCCUGGGUGUCAGCAUCUAG